AUGCGCUGUUAUCACACCCACGCAGCCAGUUCACCCAACCAGAAUAAUGACCGUUUGAGUCAGAUUCGGCGCUUCAACCCGGUGUGGCUGAUACGGAGGUCGGCGAACGGCCGAGUCAUGUGCGACGUCAAGCUGCACAACCAUGUCGUUGAAGCGGACUCGGACUUUGACCACACGCAAGCGGCAAAAAUAGCGGUUGCCAAAAAGGCACUCAGCGUCGUGCAGUCGUGGCCUGUUGGUUGUUUUCCCCCGCCGCCUAGCCAGCAGACCUCGGAGCCACCCAGGUCCGCGAACGCGCCGCCGCCUCGAACAGUUGGCACCGGGGGCUCGCGGGCGGUGCACGGACGCGGCCGGAGCCUCCUUGCCUUGAACCAAGAGGGAGGCUCUCAGACAAUGGCGCCUGGGCUGGGAAGAUCCGCGGCCACGGCCACGGAGCUGGAUCGAGGAAGACGCGAGAACACGAUGACGGCCGCCAGGGGUGAUCGAGGGCGGGAGCAGGUUGAGCUGCUGGAGCAUGUACGCCGGGUCAUGGGCAUCUCGGUGCCCGACACAACGAGGGACAAUCCGGAAGCGGCUCGUGCCUUCCUGGAGGGCCUGGCCGUCGGCGCCCGCCUUGCCGGCGCCCGUGUUUCCGGGUUCUCCCUGAAAAGCCGCUCCAGAUCGCCCCUCCGCUCCUCGCCAGAGGCGUACCGCGCCCGCUCACCCCUGGGCAGGAGCGGGCGGUUGAGUCCGCCUCCAGGACACCGCCGGAGGGUGGCCGCGGGGACAGUAAGCUUGAGAAGGCAGUCCAACGGUGGAUGA